CGGGCGCUGAAAUGAUGAGGACAAAAGUUGUCCCGUUGGAAUUGUAGUCCAUAUCAUACCUCAAGUGUUCCAGGAAGCUAGCUAGUUUGUCUUUAUCUGUGAUUCGCAAGGACAACCAGUUGGAGGGAGUUUCGCUCCUCUCUUCCAUUGUUAGACUCAAAUUGAAGCUGCCAAGAGGCAAGUCAGAGAAAUAGUCCAAAAAUGCCUCCCAUCGACAAUGACACCGGGAGGAAUGAACUAAAAUCUCGGAUACAGGAGCUUAUUGAUUCUAAUCAAGUGUUGGUAUUCAGUAAAAGCAACUGUCCAUUUUGUGUGAAGGUAAAGGAUCUGUUCAAGGAGCUGAACGUGAACUGCAAUGUGGUGGAGUUGGAUUUAAUUGAGGAUGGAUCAAACUAUCAAGAACUGCUGCUUGAGAUGACCGGGCAGAAAACUGUCCCCAAUGUCUUCAUCAACAAGACACACGUCGGUGGCUGUGACAAAACAAUGAAGGCCCACAAAGAUGGUGUCUUGCAGCAGCUGCUGUGCGGGGAGAAUGAGGUAUACGACUAUGACCUCAUCGUCAUCGGGGGCGGCUCAGGAGGGCUAGCAUGCUCAAAGGAGGCAGCGUUGCUGGGCAAGAAGGUGAUGGUGUUGGACUAUGUGGUGCCCACGCCGAAAGGGAACACAUGGGGCCUGGGCGGCACAUGUGUGAACGUGGGCUGCAUCCCCAAGAAGCUGAUGCACCAGACAGCCCUGCUAGGGACUUCCAUACAGGACGCCCGCAAGUUUGGCUGGGAGUUGCCGGAGGAGACAGUGAAGCACAACUGGGAGACAAUGAAGACGGCGGUGAACAACUACAUUGGCUCGUUGAACUGGGGCUACCGGGUGGCGCUGCGCGACAAGAACGUCAACUACAUCAACUCCUACGCUGAGUUCAUUGAGACGCACAAAAUCAAGGCGACCAACAAGCGAGGGAAGGAGACCUUCCAUACGGCCGCAAAGUUUAUCCUGGCGACAGGCGAGAGGCCGCGUUACCUGAGCAUCCCCGGAGACAAAGAGUACUGCAUCACCAGCGACGACCUGUUCUCUCUGCCCCACUGCCCUGGCAAGACCCUGGUGAUCGGGGCAUCCUACGUGGCGCUGGAGUGCGGGGGUUUUCUGGCGGGCCUGGGCCUGGAUGUGACAGUCAUGGUACGCUCCAUCCUCCUGAGGGGCUUCGACCAGGACAUGGCCAACCGUGCCGGCAAGCACAUGGAGGAGCAUGGCGUAAAGUUCCUCCGGAAGUACGUCCCGGUCAAGGUGGAGGAGCUGGAGGCAGGUACUCCUGGGAGGCUGAAGGUGACAGCCAAGAGCACGGAGGGAGACGAGACCAUCGAGGGAGAGUACAACACUGUGUUGAUAGCCGUGGGGCGCGACGCCUGUACAGGAAAGAUCGGCCUGGAACAAGCCGGGGUCAAAGUCAACCCCAAGAAUGGUAAGAUCCCGGUGAACGACGAGGAGCAGACCAACGUGCCGCACAUCUACGCCAUCGGAGACAUCCUGGAGGGCAAGUGGGAGCUGACGCCCGUGGCUAUCCAGGCUGGCAAGCUGCUGGCACGCCGUCUGUACGCGGGCGCCUCGCUCAAGUGUGACUACGUGAAUGUUCCCACCACGGUGUUCACCCCUCUGGAGUAUGGCGCCUGUGGGCUGUCUGAGGAGAAAGCUAUGGAGCUGUACGGGCAAGACAACCUGGAGGUGUACCACAGUCUCUUCUGGCCUCUGGAGUUCACCGUCCCCGACAGGGACAACAACAAGUGCUACUCAAAGAUCAUCUGUAAUAAAUUGGACAAUGACCGUGUGAUCGGGUUCCAUUACUUGGGGCCCAAUGCGGGAGAGGUGACGCAGGGCUACGGCGUGGCCAUGAAAUGUGGCCUGACCAAAGAGCAGCUGGACAACACCGUUGGCAUACACCCCACCUGUGCUGAGAUCUUCACCACCAUGGAGGUGACCAAGAGCUCAGGCGGUGACAUCACCCAGACGGGCUGCUGAGGUUAAACCCUGCUUGUUUAACGGGCUGUCCUGUUCUCCAUCUUAGAUCUCUCACCUCGUAGCUCUGCGCCAACCUGGCCCCCUCAUUCUAUACCCAAGACCAAUCACUUCUCAGGAAAAACCAAUAAGGUGAUCAGAAACGGGGGGGGGGGGGGAGAAAGUCUGAACGGAUGAAACCACACAUUUGGGAAUAAGGGUGGGGAAACAGUGGGUCAGUAUAAUACUGUCUGGGUCAGUAUAAUACUGUCUGAAAGAUUGAGCCAAUAAAUGCUCUGAGGGGGCCUGUAGUGUGGACAUAAAAGACAUAUGAGGUGAUUAACUAUCUAUGGGACAGCCUGCUAGAUAGCGGGGUUACUCUGCUGCUUUCACAAUGCACCCUGUGUGUGUCUUCCUCAGAGGUGCACCACCCCUCUCUAGGGAUGGGUGAGUGCUGUUUGACGUGCUGGCCCUUAACCCAAUCACUGUGGUGGGCUAGAACUGAUGUCCCUCUGUCCAAAGACACCAGGGGUGAACCAAACCCUUCGUCCAAACUUAAACACCCGCACACACACACACAUAUAUAUAUAUAUCUACACAUACUUGCGUAUAAUGACUCCUGUAGUAUGUUAACAGCUGAAUGGAUACAAUAAUUCUCUGAUCCAGUGUGGUGGAAAUGCCUGAUCAUUUUUACUCGGUGGAAGUUAAUAAACACAUCUUAGGACAUAGUAGUUUUCUUUUGUCAUCACGUCUCUUCUCUGGCAAGCCAUCAACAUUCCAGGCAUUAUUUCUCAUCAGAAGUGUAUAUUGUCUGAUAUCUCAGAAAUGGAACAUUGAAAUCAAGUUUAAUGUGGGGCAAUGGAUUUUUUAAAUAUCAGUAUUUCUCAUGGUGUCGAACUUGCCGUUUCUCCACGUCUGGAUCGUCGAUUUAAAGGCAACUCCCAGUUCCAACUUCUACCAAACUGUUAACCAAAAAGGUGCAUUUAGGAGAAGUCAAAAGAAAGAACCUCUGAAUCAUCAUUCAAAUCUCUGUCCUGCUUCAGAAAACACUGUUAGUAAUUCCAAUGACUGAAUACAUAAAACAUGAAUUGUAGUGAUUUAUUGUAUAUAUUUGACACGCGCGCACACACACACUUUAAAGGUUUUCAGUAGAUAAUUAAAUAAAUGCUUCUUUUGUAUCAGUUUGAUCUUGCUGUUUUGUUUGCCUCCGCAUUGUGUAUGUAAAAUGUAUCCAAUCUGGUAGAGGACAGUAUUUAAGAGUUAUUUUCUGCCUACUGUUGAGCAGUGACACCGGUCAAAAUGAAUAAAUGACUGCUUCACUGGUAUCACUGUUUUUCUAGAUCACUUUUAUUAAAGUCUUGAAAGAUAAUGUCAACAUGCAAA